UUUUUUAAUUUGACUGCAAACGCGGUAUACACGUGCAGCAUAGUGCUGCUUCUAGAGACACGGCGGGAGCGCAUGAUAAUAGCACGUGACAGUCCCGGCUAGAAUUCUUCCCUUUUUUUUAAAAAAAAUCUCUCGUCUGUCCUGUCUCGUGAGCUUCUUUCCGCGUGCCCGUUAAGGCCGAGUGGGCGCAUGCUCGCCCUCGCGCGUGUCUUACUAUAAUACGGCAGCGCGCCGUAAAAAAAAAAAAAAAAAAAAAAACAACACAGCGGCGCAUACAUGCGGAUGGCAGUGGCUGGGAAAUAAGGCAAAGAAAGGAAAGCCACCCACUUUGCAAAAUUGUUGGUUCAGUGGGAGAAGCAGACGACAUCUGGCAAAGAACAGAGAUGGCUUCUCUAAGCCUGGGGCUGCAUCUUUCUCGAAAGAAGGGGAUAGCGAGGAACGCUGCAGUAGAAAGGAAAAACCUGAUUACUGUGUGCAGGUUUUCGGUGAAGACACUUAUUGAUCGUUCCUGUUUUGACACCAUUGACGACUCGUCUCCAGAAUUCACAAAUUUUGUAUCGAUAUUAGAACAGAUUCUGACACACCGACUGAAAGGACAGAUCAAUUGGUUUGGCUAUGAAAGCCCACGCAGUUUUUGGGACUUCAUCAGGGUGGCUUGUAACAAGGUGCCUCAUAAUUGUAUCAGCAGUAUAGAAAAUAUGGAAAAUGUCAGCUCCUCAAGGGCCAAGGGCCGAGCAUGGCUCAGAGUAGCACUAAUGGAAAAACGUCUUUCUGAAUACAUUUCGGCUUCACUGAGAGAUUUCAGGACAACAAGGAGGUUUUAUGAAGAAGGAGCAGUUGUACUGGGAGAGGAAGCCCACAUGCUUGCAGAUAUGCUAAUUGGGCUCAAUGCAAUUGAUUUCAGUUUCUGCCUGAAAGGAGAAAUCUUAGAUGGUAACUGUCCAGCUGUUAUUGACUACACUCCCUAUCUGAAGUUCACACAAAGCUCAGACAGCAUCAGCAGUGAUGAAGAAGAGCUGCGAACAUUAGGAAGCAGUGGGAGUGAGAGCAGCACACCAGAGAACAUGGGGCCAUCCCACAUCAUGGAUGAGAGCAGCUGGUAUAGCAAGUGCAAAAGGAUUGAACAAAAAUAUCGAUUAGCCUUGGAGCAAAAGGGUUACUUGGAAGAACUGGUGCGCCUUCGAGAAACCCAGCUGUCAGAAUCUGUCUCUCAGAACAAAGCACUUCUCAAGAGAUUGGAGGACACACAAGUGACACACAAGCUCGAAAAGGAGCAACUUGAGUACAUUGUCAUUGAGCUACAGGAUCAAUUGACUGUAUUAAAGAACCAUGACCUGAGGUCAAGACAAGAGUUAAAAGCCCAUCUAACAAACCAGUGGCCUUCCCCGGGGGCUCUGGACUCCAGUGCUGUUGCCUUGGAUACACUGUUCUACAGAAAGCGUGCAGGGCAGUGGGAAGAGAAGAGCUUCCACAGCCUGGAGCAGCUGUCAGCAGAAAUUAGUUUAUCUCAGACCUCACUUGACCCAACUCACUUACAAGACAUAGAUGGAAAACUUGAAGGUUCAAGCUCACGAAGUGAAGGCAAGGAAGACACUCCUUCUUUAUUGGGUUUGUGUGGCUCUUUGACAUCGGUGGCUAGCUACAAGUCGCUAGCCAGUCUUAAGUCAAGCGAAUGUCUAGCAAGUCCCACUACAGAGAUGACGAGCCCCGGCCUCACGCCUUCAUGAUAACUUCAGCACAUCGGGAAGAAGAUGAAUGUACACGCUACUCCUACAUUCCGCCAAGCCAUUUGCCAAAAUAUAUGAGAAAUAAUGUUACAAGGCUUCCUAGAGGCGUCACUUGCGAUAUUACACCUGGUGAGCACUGGACUUAAUGAGACAUUUGAAAUAUUAUGAAGAAAGCUUAUGAACUUUGUACAGCGUACUGGUGUUGGGAAUAAAAGGCAGCGUCCACAUGAGGGGUUUUCUCUGUGUCUUCUUAUGCAUCAUUGAGGGAAUCCGUGUGUGGCUACUUCUCGUUUGGUAUAGUUUUAUCAUGAAUGCAAUAAAUUAAAUGCUAUUUUUGUACCUUCAGUCAAAUUGUACUCACAAGCCACCAGUUGCUCUGCUGCCAUUGAAUGCAACUGUUGAUUUGCAAUAUACAGUAUAAUGUAUUUUCACUUUGGCUUCAAAGAAAAAUCUAUCCUUGAUCAUAAAUACAAGUCAGUUAACUGAUAAGACAUGACAAAUGUCAGAUAUGUGUAAGUCUGUCAUUGGUUAAAGUCAAUUAAAAUGAUAUCACACUUUGCCACAAGUAUUUCCAUUCACCUUUGUUUAUUUUAGAAGCAUUUGUCUUUGCUCUUAUCAGCCAGAUAACUUACAACAGUCAGUCAUCUUUGAAUGCGGAAAGUCUAAACUAAUUCAUUCUACAUGAGACAUUCACACCUUAAAAACCCUUUUUAUGUUUUCAUCAGUUCAACACGCGUUUUAAUCCCAUCGGCCGUGUUCUUGACCCAUCAUGCAUUGAGUGAGCUGUCUUGAAUGUACUCAGAGAGAUGACAUCUUGGAACGUAUGAGAGUGGAAACAGUUUGCUUUUGCUCCCAAGUUUAUUUUUUACGGAAGCUGAAGACAUUUUUUUUUGUUGUUGUUGUUUUAACUAGCAUCAUAUAGCAACAUUUUUAAUAAGAUUUUAAAAUGUAUGAAUCAAUCCGUGGCACACAGUCAAAGCAAGUAGUAGAGUUACGGGCACCAUUUUAAAGUAAAUGGCACUAUUGCGUUAGAUCGUACAUUUUUGGGAAGAUGAUUGAUAAAGAUCCAAUUAUUUUCUAAUUAAUUUUCUUUUAUUGUCCAGUGUUGUCAAUAAUUUGUACAUUAUAUCUAUUCUGGCUUUUGUGUUUUAACAUAAAAUUAUUUUAUAAAAUCAAAGUUAGCCAUUUUCAGUAAUUGAUAAUAAUAAUAAUAAUUAAAGUGAAGAGGUAUGUUGCUAUGAAGAAAAGUGCUGGCUUACUCACUGCCCCAAAUAGUAUAUGGCAGGUGUUAUAUGGAAUGGAAGAUCCAUUCAUUGUAUAAAAUGGGGCAAUCCAAAUAUAGGACCAUGGGGGGCUGAGGCCUACUCCAGGGAUAUUGAAUGUAAGGCAGAAACUAACCCUGGAGGAGACGCCAAUCCACACUGAUCAACAGUGGGGACAAUCCAUAGUUGCCCAAUAACUUCACCAUCUUUGGAAUGUGUGAGGAAACAUUGAGAAUCGCUAGAAGAACACACACAGACACUUGGAGAACAUGAAAGCUUUCCACUGACAGUGGCUGGGUCGGCAUUUGAGCUCAGGCUCCUGUAGCUGUCAGGCAGCAUCACUAACCACUGUGCCACCAUACCGUCCCUCAGCACCGUUGUCCAAGUCAAAAUAUCCUGUAAAGGUUUGUUUCUUGUUUUUAUCAUAUGCCAUUCUCAAAAGAUGUCAUUAUUUGCUUUACAUUCUGUAUUAUUAGUUCAUUUAUAGUAAAUGUGAACCAAGACUUGGUUGAACUAUAUUGAGUUGGUCUCUUGGUCCGUUAAAGAAACCUUCUCCUAUCUGUUUGUAUUGUGUCACAUCUGAAUCAUGCUACUGUGAGCCUGCAGAGGAAAACAUACAAUUAAAAUUGUAACUCAAAUAAAAUAAAGAAAGAAGAAAAAAGCA